AUGAGUGAAAAUGUAGGAACAAAUGAUGCUUCGAGUAAACCUAUAAAGGUAAACAAAUGGGAUACAAAUGCAGUUAAAAAUGCUCUAGAUGAUGCUUGUAAAAAGUACUUCAACGAAACCCUUAAUUAUACUGAAUUUUAUACAUUAAUGGAUCGUCGUCUUUACUUAUCUUUCGUAGCAUGUUUGUUUUCAUUAUUUGCUCUUGUCUAUGAUUGGUUUAAUCCAUUUCCUAAAUCUCGCUCCGUUUUAAUUAUUUGUGCUGUCGGUUAUUUUGUUCUUAUGGGCAUUCUCACAUUCUACAUGCAGUUUAUUGAAUGUGGCAAAUUCUAUACCGGCAAGCUUGUGGAUAAAGCCGGUGUUGGUCCUGAAUCACGCUGCACAAUAGCAUCGAAACUGAAAAAAUAUGAUGAUAAAUACUGUUUGACUUUGGAAUACAAUGAGGGUAAAGACGGCUCGAUGACCUCAUCAGGAGCAUUUAUUCGAUCUGUCGGCAACUAUUUCGACGAAAGCGGUGUUCUGCAUUACAAUCGGAUUGUUGCUGAUCUGAAAACCAUAUACGAUCAAGCCCGAUCGAAUGCUCGCAAAGUAAAAUAA